AAAGAUCACAGAAUAGCGAGCAAGCUUUUGAGCUCUUUGGCGUUCUUCCGCAUCAGGCUUGAUGUUCAAAAACAAACGGAAAGAGAGCAGUUAAACGAACAAGGGCAAUUAUUGACGCUCCAGCCAUGGCCGGUUCCUCCAUCCUGGACGAAUCGCAGCUGAAGAUCCUGAAGGCCCAGUAUGAGGCCCAGAACGCCAGCAGUGCCGCUUCCCAAAUCCAGGCUCUGGUAGACUGUGUGAACACCCUCAAGAUCCAGGUCGGUAUCCUGGGAGAGCGUGGCUCAGGGGUGAGCACUCUGGUCGGGGCUCUGCUGGACAAGCCCCGCCGGGUGACGGAUCCAUGGGCUUAUCUCCGAGAGGCCCCCGAGACCACGAAGCAGCCGGUUGCCCACGCUCACCCCAUCUACCCCGACCUCACCCUGCACGACCUGCCGGGCUUCGAGGCGUCGGAGAAGCCGUCCGCCUACCUCAAACGCUUGGGCGACCUGAGCAAAUUCAGCUGCUUUGUGGUGGUGGUCGGGGGUGAAGGCUUGAGGGACAGCCACCUCCAAGUCCUCAAGGCCAUCAAGCAGAAAGGGAAAGGCCUCAUCCUGGCACGCACCAAGGUGGACUUGGACCUGCACACAGCCGAGCGGCGGCUCAGAUCCAGGUACAAUCCAACUGAGCAGCUGGGUCUCAUCCGGAAGGAAUUGGCAGGUGUUUUGACCAAGCAUGGGGUGGACCCCAAGAAGGUAUUCCUGGUGUCAGGGCUGGAGACGGACAGAUAUGAGUUUGCACGCUUUGAAGACAGCCUGGAAGGAGAGGUGCUCAAUUUGAAGAGAACUCACGAUGGGAACCUGGAGGAUUUGAACAAGGUGAGCCAGAAGAAGAUUAAGGAGCUAUACGCAAUCUGCCAGGGCGGCAGCUUGUCAGAAGUCCCAACUGUGAUCUCAUCCGUGUUGAUGGACCCCACACAAAUACGACUGGACGUCGCCGUGAUAGGUGAAGUUGGCUCAGGGAAGUCCUCGCUGGUUAAUGCUCUGAGAGGGGUGGGCUGUGGAGAACCGAAUGCGGCCCCCACUGGGGUGACAGAGAUGACGCAGAAAGCUGUGCCCUACCUGCUCCCAGUUGCCCCCAACCUUUACCUUUGGGACUUGCCAGGGGUGGGGCUGACAGAGGAAGACGUGAGCCACCUGGAUCUCAGCCGCUAUGACUUCUUCCUGCUGGUGGCCUCCGAACGCUAUAAGCACACCCACAGCUGCCUGGCCAGAGCCAUCACCUCAGCGGGGAAGCAGUUCUUCUUUGUGAGGAGCAAGAUAGAUGUAGAUGUGGAGACCCGGCCUGGGAGCCAACCCGUCGCCAAAGAGGAAGUGCAGGGUCAGGUGCGGAAGUGCUGCGAGGAAGCUCUGAAGAAGGACGGCGUGGACUCCCCACAGGUCUUCUUGGUCUCCUGUCUCAAGCCAGAAACAUUCGACUUGCCACUCCUCCUGGAAGCCCUCAGCAGCUACGCUCCAGACUUGAAGACGAAAGCUCUGAGGAAAGCCCUGCCAACUGUCCUGUCCCGAGUGGUUAGGCGGAAGGCCAAAGUGUUGAUGAAAGAUGUGUGGGGGAAGGCCCUUCAGAGCUGCCUCUUCUGUGUGGAGCAUCCCCAGCCGGCCGUGGUCGACAACCUCAUCACCACCAUUGCCAGCUUCUGCAUAGAUUUUGGCCUGGAUGAGGCCUCCGUAGAGCACACUGCCCAGGCUACCGGCACAACCCCCCGGCUGCUUCAGGCGGUGAUCCGAAGCCCCUUUGCUAAACCACUGGACUCUGCAUAUGUGCUCAGCCUCAUCACCAAGCCGACCUCCCUGACCAGCUGGGCAUGGAGCUAUGUGCCCUAUUUGGGGCGGGGUGUCAAGGUGGAGCCUGAAAUCUCCUUUGAGUCCACCUACCAGAUGUUGAGGCGAGCUGUGGUGGAACUGUCUGAGAAUGCAGAGGCGGUGCUGCUGCUGGCCUACACAGAGAAAUAGAGCUGGGUAGGAACUGGUUUAGAGGGUGCGAUGCUGCACACCACCCUUAACAAUAUAACCUAUCAACGUAGAGCAUAAGGAGGACGAGAUGGAACAAGACCAAGGGUCUCAAAGGACAGUGGCGUUAUGAUGGAUUUUAAAAAGUAGAGCGUCCAACUGCCUUGGUUACAUCCCAUCGUGACCCUCUGAGACCCAAGACUUGUGGCAGAACUUGGCUAUGAGAAAGGGGGGUCUAGUUGUCACUGAGAUGAGAAGUGACACACUGGUUUGCAUCACUUUAGCCAGGGAAGACAGGGGUGUCACAUGAUUCACCUUAACUAUCUGCUGAGAAGGCUAUGCUAAUUUCUUGACAACACCAGCCUUUUGUUGGGAGGGAGAUUUUUUUUGGUCAGGGGAGGGGAUGAAGUGUCAGUUCUGUAAGCCCCCAGUGGUAUAGUGUGCACAAAGUUGUUGAGACCCCAGAAUUGUUGAGCUUCUUUGGGAAAACCUCCCCCCAAAAUAGCGAUUUUAAGCUUUUGGAGCUGUUUUUGCUGUUUAUUCCAUUGCAUUGCCAUACAUCCGGGUUUUCCCUGACAUUUUGCAGAUUCAACAUUUUUGCCAUUUUUACACCUGAAAACCAGGACAUGCCCGGAAUGUUCUUGACAUAUGGCAAGCUUAGCACACGGACAACUUUACCAUCUUACAUGAUUUUUUAAAAAUGGAGCCAGAUCAAAACAAAUCUUUUUUGAACUCAGCGCGUGCAUUGUUAAUCACUGCCUGUGAGAGUCAUUCGUUGCCCUUUUGCAGUGCUUACCAAUCCAUUGGGCUCACACUGGUCUCACCUUGAAAAUGUCCCCCUGAAAGUGAUACGGUUAUCGUUUUAGGAUUGUAAUGAAUGGAAGAGGGGAAGAUUGUCUAAACGCUCCUUGCUGCCCAGUUCAAACCAAGUAGGCAGAAAUGUUGCACGUUGUAACCUCAGCCACAGGGCAGAGCCACCUGAGUUCCUGUUCCCUCCCUUCCACCUCUCCUUGUGUUUCCUUGUCUUUGGUUGCUUACUGUGUGAUCUUGCUGUUUCAAUAAUCUUACUUACAGCGGAGGCUGGCACAGGUCAAGUGGAGCGGUCCAUGGCUGCCAGCUUCCUUCUCCUCAGUUUCAGUGUUGGCUUUGCGGAACUCAACAAAGGGAGGAGGAGGAGGAGGACAAUUUUAUUUGGUGCUCAUUGGCCCAGGCUCCAUCUUCUGCUGGUCUUGCUGCUUUCCAUCCCCAGUGGGCACCAACAACCACAACUUACUGGUGAAUUCAAAACCCCCGAAGAGCAACUUUUGACUAAUUGUUCUGAUUGAGAGUAACUUUCAACAUGCAAAAAGCAAGUUGCCUUAGGAGCACUACUUGGCCUUGGUUUAGAAACAAAUACCUUAAAUCACAGCCCAACCCUUGCUUGGCUUUGAAAGGCAGACGGGGAGUGGAGGUGGCUGGAAGAAUGAAAGUGUGAAACCUCUUUCUUUGCACAAAACUAGGUGUGCAUGUUUUCUUUUCUUCUGGGACCCUGACCUAUGCACACAGAGGGAUUGACAAGUGCUCUUCCUUUUCAGAAGUAUUUGUUCUUUCAAGGAACAGAAGAGCCACUGAGCCUGUAUUGGGAAUGGAGCCUCAGAGGCUUUGUGUUGUUCAAACCAACUGUUGUUUUUUAAAGGCAAACACAAGUUGUUGAUGGACGCUAGGAAGAGUGAUUAGUCAGCCACUCAUUAUCUAUAGCUUGGUAUGUAUUUGUUAAGUCAUGCUGCAAGCACCUGCUGCCAGAACGGCCUGCCAUUCCUUAUAAAUAUAAAUUGCUUGCUUAGUAAUAGGAUGCUGACGCUGAGGUGGAGCCCAAACAGCUGUUGAUUCGCGAGUCUCUCAUCCGGCACUUGCUCAGCUCAAUGCAAGAACUGUUGUUUAUGUGGCAUCACUUGCUGUUACCUAUAUGAUAAAUAAAGUUGUGAAACGGUGGGAAAUGUUGAUGUUA